CAAUUUCAUUUGAAGGUAAUAUAACAUCUACUUAGUAAGUGUAAAGACUUAAACAUCCUUCAUGGCUAUAACACCAUCUUGGCUAUUCAGGAAUAGACCAUUGAAUAAGAUUUGCAUAACCAUUUUCACAAAGAGUACAAACGUAAUAAUUAGAUUUAAGCAAAUAUUGAUUGAUACAGCCCCAAGCGUAUGCUAUAAAUUUUUAUAGUGAAAUCAAUACUUCUGCACCCAAAUUCAGUAGUAUAAAAGGCAUCAGAAGGACAAGAAUUAUUAAUGUAUUAGAUUGUUCCAUCACUUAAUUAUUAGCAUUAUUAAUAGAACUAACCACAAACUUUUAAAAAUAAUGACACUAUAACUUACAUAUACUACAUAGCUAAGGCUUACUUAGAUCUAUUGGAUUUAUAAACCUAGAAGCACAUUUUGUACAUUUGCCCUUAUCUUCACAUUCUACACAAGUAUCAGAGCCGCAAACUAUUAUUAAAUUCAUUUUUAUUACAAAAAGGUUAAGUAAGACUUUUUGCUUCAUCAAAUCCCUAAAAGGUUUUUUUACAAUCGAAUCCAUAAAAAGGAUGUUUACAAAAUUAGCAUGACUCAUAUUAAGGUGAUCGAAAAUAAAUUAAACAUCUCUAAUAAUUUAGAUUAUCUAUUAUAAUUAUUUUCUAAAAUUACUAGAACAACUAUAAGAAAAAAGGUUAUCCACUGAUAAUUGAAUCAACAAGAAAAGAUCCUGCCCAUCACAAAUUACUGCGAUAUUAUCAUUUUUCAUUUUGUAUGUGUUGA